AUGAUCGCCGCUACCUCUCUCUCCAUCCAGACGCCCAAGCACCAGGAGGCCGGCGUCUCCUCAGACAUCCGCCAGCUCAAGGAACGCUACCAGGCUGCAGGCCAGGGCCACCUCCUCACAUUCUACGAUCAGCUGUCUGCAGAGGAGCAGCAGCGCCUCGUCGAUCAGCUCGAGGCAUUGAACGUCGAGCGCGUCAACAGGAUCCAUCAAAAGGCGACGACUUGCCCUUCGCCCAUGCUCAACAACCAGGCCGCGCUCCUGGCCCCCUUGCCUGAGGAAUGCUUUGAUUCGAUUCUGGAGACAUCGAAGGAUAAGGCCCAAGAGUGGCAGACCAUCGGACUGAACCAGAUCAGCCAGAACAAGGUUGCCGUCAUUCUCUUGGCCGGUGGUCAGGGUACCCGUCUGGGAUCGUCUGCCCCCAAGGGAUGCUACGACAUCAGGCUGCCCUCCCACAAGUCGCUUUUCCAGAUUCAGGCCGAGCGCAUUCUCAAGCUCCAGCAGCUUGCUCAGCAGCAGCCCGGCGCUGCUGCGAACGUGACCAUCCCUUGGUACGUUAUGACCUCGGGUCCCACCCGCCCUGCCACAGAGGCCUUUUUCCAGGAGAACAACUUCUUUGGGCUCUCGAGUGACAACAUUGUCUUUUUUGAGCAGGGAACCCUCCCCUGCUUGACCUUUGACGGAAAGAUCAUGAUGGAGUCCAAGUCUCAAAUCGCUGUUGCUCCCGAUGGCAACGGAGGUGUCUAUGCUGCGCUUCGCGGCACAGGUGUCUUGGCCAACAUGGCGGAGCGCAAGAUCGAGUACCUUCACGCCUAUUGCGUCGACAACUGCCUGGUUCGUGUCGCCGAUCCCCUCUUUAUCGGAUACUGUGUCCAGAAGAACGCUGACUGCGGUGCCAAGGUUGUCCGCAAGAACGCCCCCGAUGAGCCCGUGGGCGUUGUCUGCCUCCGUAACUCCGCCUUCAACGUGGUCGAGUACUCUGAGAUCGACGAGGAGGUCGCCCAUGCGAUCAACCCCAAGAACGGUCAGCUCUCCUUUGGUGCCGGAAACAUUGUCAACCACUUUUAUACCAUUGACUUUUUGAACAAGGUCGAGUCCUUUGAGGGUGAUCUCGAGUACCACAUUGCCCGCAAGAAGAUCAAGACCUUGGACAUGCACACCGGAGAGAUCAUUGCACCCAAGCAGGUCAACGGAAUGAAGCUCGAGAUGUUCGUCUUUGAUGUCUUCCCCUUCACCGAGAGGAUGGCAGUCUUUGAGGUUGACCGUCGCGAGGAGUUCUCGCCUUUGAAGAACGCGCCGGGCACUGGACAGGAUUGCCCCGAGACCUCGCGUCGCGAUAUCUUGCAGCAGCACAUCCGCUUCAUUGAGGCUGCAGGCGGCAAGGUCAUUGUGGGCGAGGACGAUGAGCAGAUCGAGGGUUCUCCCACACUGGAGUUGUCGCCCUUGGUCACGUACUCUGGAGAGGGUCUGGCCGAGAUUGUCGCCGGCAAGUCGAUCAAGACUCCCCUGCAGGUCAACUCGUUGGAGGAGCUCAAGCGCGCAGUCUUUUAA